GGUUUAAUGACUCGCUAGAGACAGCACCUAGCAUAAUAUAUAUGCUGCUCACUGCAGUUGCAAGACAUUGUCCUUGACCAAACUGCACUGUAGCUUUCAUUAUAACCCCUGAAUAGUUGUGGAGAAGAAAAAAAUCGGAGGGAUGGUUUAAUGAUUCGCUAGAGACAUUACAUAACAUUAUAGAUGGGCUGCUCAUUGCAGUUGGUAGACACAGUUGUUGACCGAAUUGCCCUGUGGCUUUCAUUACAACCACUACCCCCAAAAAAUUGCUUGCUGAAACGAAAUGGAUUGGAUGGAGCCGAUUCCAGCUUUGUUCCUCUUUAUCCUUAUGGUUUCCUUUGUUUUGAAACUGGGCACUUUCUGGAACAAGAGCUCCCAAAAUCUUCCACCAGGACCGAGGCCUUUACCUCUCAUUGGGAAUCUCCACAUCAUGGAUCUCAAGAGGCCUCACAGAACCAUGUUAAAGGUGUAACUUUGUCUAAUGGUGAGAACUGGAAAGUGAUGCGGCGGUUUGCUUUAAGCACAUUACGGGACUACGGAAUGGGAAAGAGGACCAUAGAAGAUAGAAUUGUUGAGGAAUGCAGUGUCCUGAUAAAGAAAUUUGAAACUUACGAAGGUAACCCAUUUGAAACCACCUCAAUUAUGAAUGCAGCUGUUGCCAAUAUAAUAGUGUCCAUACUACUAGACAAGCGAUUUGAUUAUGAAGAUUCCACAUACAUAAGACUUCUGAAGUUGAUCAAUGAAAAUAUCCGGCUUUUCGGAAGCCCUUCAGUCACGCUGUAUAACAUGUUUCCUGCUCUUGGUUUUCUUUUGGGGGCUCAUAAGACUGUCAUGCAAAACAGAGAUGAGCUGUUUGCCUUCAUAAAUGCCACCUUCAUAAAACACCUCAGAGAUCUGGAUGAAAAUGACCAGAGGAGCUUUAUUGACACAUUUCUUAUCCGACAACAAGAGUUCAUACUCUUUGCAUCCCAGGAGGAGAAGAAAAACAAGACGAAUGCUUAUUUCCACAACAGAAACUUAAUAGUUAUUGUGGCCAACUUAUUUGCUGCUGGCAUGGAGACCAUUUCUACCACACUGCGCUGGGGACUGUUACUAAUGAUGAAAUAUCCUGAAAUUCAGAUAAAGGUCCAAGAAGAAAUUGCAAAAGUUGUUGGAUCUUCUCAGCCAAGGAUUGAACACCGAACAAAAAUGCCUUAUACGGAUGCUGUGGUCCAUGAGAUCCAGAGAUUUGCCAAUGUUAACCCAACCAACCUGCCACAUGCCACGGCUACAGAUGUUACCCUCAAUGGCUACUUCAUUCCAAAGGGCACAUUCAUCAUGCCAUUGCUGUCCUCUGUGCUGCACGAUGAAUCUCAAUGGGAGAAACCACAUAAAUUCUAUCCUGAGCAUUUUCUUAAUUCUGAUGGAAAAUUCGUAAAGAGAGAUGCUUUCAUGCCUUUCUCUGCAGGUCGGAGAGCAUGUAUAGGUGAGACUCUUGCCAAAACGGAGCUCUUCCUCUUCUUCACAAGUCUCCUGCAGAAAUUCACCUUCCAGCCACCCCCUGGAACAUCUCAGGAAGACCUGGACCUUACUCCUGCUGUUGGGCUUACAACAUCACCCAUGCCCCACCAGCUCUGCGCUCUGCCACGUUUCUAAGACUCACAAACUCCUGGCUUGGGUAUUUGGGUUGAGUAGCCUAUGGGUGGAAUUGGUCCGUGCUUUGUCACAAAUCUUAAGUGUUCCCCUUUACCUGCCAUACUGCUGAAUCCCAUGAAACUAGCAUUGGAGCAUCUCUUACUUAAAACCUGGCCCUGAGUUCUUAUGACACUUGAGGCAUGGAGAUCAAUCAGCAAAGCUGGUUCAUUUAUUCCCAUGUUUACAUAUCCUUUCAUAUUCCCAAGUAGAUAUGCAGAGUAUUGUGACCGAGACGAAAAAGGGUCUGGAAACCAUGCCUUAUGAGGAAUGGUUGAGGAAGUUGGGUAUGUUAACUUCUGUGGCUGCAAUGUAUUCUGAUUCUGAACUGUAUUUGUUGAUGUCAGGCAAUGGCUUUGUUUCCUCCGUGUUCUUUAAAAAGUCUGUCAUAAUAGAUCUGGCAACUGGGUUUGCUUCUGGCAUCUCCAUGCUGUCAAUUAGUUCAGUGGCUUUCUGCUUCUGGCUUAGAAUUAAACAACCAUCUUCCAUCUUCUCUCUGUAUCUGAAUAAACUUUCUCUGAGAGUCUGGGUAGCUUAUGGCUUCCCUCAUCUACAGAAUUCUGACUGGUCAUAUGAAAAAUGAAAAUGGGGAAAAUGUGUCAAAAUCAAAAUCAAAACUUCAAUCUCCACAAGAGGAAAAACUCAAAACAUUCUCUGCCUAGCUUCUGCUCUGAAAGGGAAGAGGGAGCUAAUCCCUUUCACAUUGGAGUCAGUGGAAGUCACCAUGGUCUCACCAGGAAAUAGAAAAAAAUGUCCCCUUUGAAUCUCUCUUCUAUCUUAAGAAAAUCCAGCUACACCCACUAUAAUACUUUGAAUUUUGUCUUCACUGGGCCCCAUAACCUUUGUAGGAAUGGAUUUAGGCACUAUGAGAGGAUGUACGGUUUAGUUAUUGUCCUUCCUUGCUCACAUUGUUGCAUGUCAUAUGCUCUAAUGUAUACAAAGAUAUACCCCAAUGCCACCAUGUUCAACAGUUUCAAGAUGGAAAUGAAUAAAAACUAUGCUAAAGAGAAAA